AUGUUACUUGCGAUAUGCAUAAUUUGCCGAGAAAUCUUCAAAAAUCCAGAAUUUUACGAAUGGCUUACAAAACACACAAUAAGUGUUGUAAUCGUUUCAUUAUUAUCACUUGUCCGUAUUGAAUGUUUAAGAUUACUUGAUGCGAGAACCGCUAGAUUUGGUAAUUUGAAUGCUCCAUUUUCCAAAGUAGCAAAGGGAAUCAUUCUUUGGGGUGUUAUCUGCUUUUCUUUUAUAUGUGACAUACCUCAAUUAGUUAUUCAGAUUAUUUAUCGAUCUAGUGUCAUAAAUUAUAAUAUAAUUCCAUUUCUUACAUUAAUAAUGGGAGUUAUAACAAUUUCUCAGAGUGUAAUGAUUGUAAUUUUUAAUUCGAUAAAUGUUCUGAAGAAUAACAAUUCAAAAUCAGAAAGUGAAAAGACUCGUAGCAUCAGCAACGGAUUAUCUAAUAUCCAACAACAAUCUGAUAUUAAUAUUCAUAGAAGCUCUAUAAAAAUGGGUCUGACUGAAGAUGAAAUAGAAUCCUGUGUUGAUGACGGAUUAAGAGACGUGUUGAGAAGAGUAAAAAGUUGCAAUAGUAAUAUAGUUAAGCAUUGUGCUGAAUCAAGAGACAAAAGAACAAAAAGUUGGGAUCAAUUAAUUAGAACUAGUAGAGAGUUUAAUAAAGGAAAAGAUUGUGCAGUUAUCAAGAAAAUUGAAAAAGAGAAAAGAGUCAGUAUUAUCGAAAAUAGAAACACAAUCGUGGAAGAAAAAGGAAUUAUUAUUUCUCUUGGAAAUAUUGAUGGAUCUGAAAGUAGCACCAUUAAUGAUAAUAUGUGCACCAGCAUCAUGGUUGAAGGAAAUACAAAAAGUGAUAACAGUUAA